AAUUUCAGACCACCCCUUUUUGUACCCAUCCAUUAAAACCCUCCUUCCUUUCAUCUUUUGACUUCCAUUUCCCCUCUUAAUUUCCCCUUAAUUUCCCUCCAACUCCAUUACUUUCUGUUAAUUUCUCUCCCCCCGAGGUACCCUCCUCCCACGAAACCCACUUUUCAGUUUUCCCCCCUUUUCCUCUGGUCUGGUCUUUUUCCUUUCUCUUUGUCUCUCAAUCCCUCUCCUUUUCCUUUUUGGCUAUAUCUUGUAAUUUGAUUUUCCUUCUCUCUUUGUGGCUUUUUGUUUCUCUCGAUGAUGCAAUUCAGCGAGACACCCCCACGGUUGCACCAAACCACGACCACGACUUCAACAAUUCCUUCUUCAUUUCCAGAGAUCUCAAUGAAUCAUAAAAACCAAAUUACGACAACGGCCCAGUUUCGAAGUAAGCGGCCAUGGCCUGGAUUAUUCCCUUGUUCAUCCAAAGCUUUAGGAACUUGCUUGGGAGAUGCCAAUUGUAUGGAACAAUUGUUAGUCCAUUGUGCCAACGCCAUUGAAUCCAACGACGCCACUCUCGCACAACAAAUCCUUUGGGUCCUUAACAACAUUGCCCCUCCUGAUGGCGAUUCCAACCAACGCCUCACUUCCGCUUUCCUACGCGCUCUCAUCACACGCGCCACCAACACCGGCAACUGCAAGAUCCUCGCCGCCAUCACCACCUCAUUCUCCUCCUCCCUCACUACCCACACCUUCUCCCUUAUGGAUCUCGCUGCCUUCGUUGACUUGACCCCUUGGCAUCGCUUCGGAUUCACCGCUGCCAAUGUCGCCAUUCUCGACGCCAUCGACGGUUACUCCGUGGUACACGUGGUGGAUUUCAGCUUGAUGCAUUGCAUGCAAAUCCCUACUUUAAUCGACGCCAUUGCUACACGAUUUGAGGUCCCUCCAUUACUGAAACUCACGACUGUAGCUGUUGUUGCCGUUAAAGACGCGUCGCCUAUGCUGGAGCUUUCGUACGACGAAUUAGGUGCGAAAUUAGUGAACUUCGCCAGGUCUAAAAACGUGACUAUGGAAUUUAGAGUGGUCCCCUCUUGUCAUACAGACGGUUUUGCCAGUUUAAUUGAACAAAUCAGAAUGCAACAUUUAAUUUACGGACAUGAAAAUAACGAAGCACUCGUUUUUAAUUGUCAUAUGAUGCUUCAUUACAUCCCCGAAGAAACAUUAAACCCAUCUCCCAAUUUCGACAUGUCGUCUUCUUCUUCUACUUCAAUUCGUUCCAUGUUUCUCAAGGCAAUCCGUAGUUUAAAUCCGACGAUUGUCGUUUUAGUAGAUGAAGAUGCCGAUUUCACUUCCAGCAAAUUGGUUACUCGAUUGAGAUCGGCGUUUAAUUAUCUCUGGAUUCCGUACGAUUCCAUGGAUUCGUUUCUGCCAAGGAGUAGCAAACAGAGGGAAUGGUAUGAAGCUGACAUCUGUUGGAAGAUUGAGAAUGUAAUUGCACACGAAGGGAUUCAGCGAGUUCAGAGAUUGGAACCGAAGGGGCGGUGGGUUCAACGGAUGGUGAACGCGAAAUUCCGAGGGGUUCCGUUUGGAGACGACGCCGUUUCGGAGGUGAAGACGAUGCUUGACGAACAUGCAGCGGGAUGGGGGAUGAAGAAGGAAGAGGACCACCUGCUGCUCACGUGGAAAGGGCACGACGUCGUUUUCGCUACUGCUUGGGUACCUUGCUAAUUUGAAUAUUAACAAUUAAUUGAUCUUGUUGUUCAAAUAGAUUAACUACUCCGUCGCUGAUCAUAUCCUUUUGACUAUUUAGAGAUUUUAGGGUUUAGGGUUUCAAUUGUUUUUGUGGUUGCUUUUUGUAGUGUGUGUGUUUUUAGAGUGAUUUGUAGAAUCUAGAAAAAUGGAGAUCAUAUUUGUGAAGCUGAGAGUUUCGUGUCAUAUUGCAAUAAAGAUAUGAUACAUUUUUUUUU